AUGACGACGACGUCGAAUGAACCAAUAUGGAAUGAUGUGUUGAUUUUGAAUAGAAUAUCGAGUGACUACGCCAAUCACAAAUAUGUUAUUUGCAAAAAUAAGAAGCUGUAUAUUGCACAAAUCUCAUUGGCGGUUCUGCGGAAGUUCGAUAGCUUGGAAAUUGAAUACGGAACGUUCGCCAAUUGCCGAAUCGACAUUCUAAAUCCGAAAACGUUGCGAAUUCUUCAAUUCCGUCAGAAAAGCGCGAUCGAAUUCGCCGCUCGAUUGGAUUUGGAAUUUUUACAUGACCCAAUUCGGAAAAAGCACUCGAUUUUAUGCAGUGCCCUGACAAAUGGGUGUUUUACAUAUGAAAAUAUUGAAUACUCGACGCCAGCUGUUUAUAAUAAUAUUUUGGGAAUUAUCAAUGACAGAUCGUCGAAUCCGAUGCUGCCAAAAAGAGAAAUAGGACGCCUAACUUGCUUGGUUAGUGCCGAAGAGCACAAUGGAACCUGGCAAUUCUACAUCGACAGUGUGAAAUCCUUCGAGAUGGUGCUCUCAUCGACAAUGUCGGCACAAGUGGAAUCCGAUGAGCAUUUUGGUUUGGUGACGAGAGAAGAAACCGAUGAGAAACGCGAUUUGCGAUUGGUGUCGAGUCGCGAUUUUCCGAGAGAUGUGCGAAUUUUCAAAAGUGGAUUGCACUGCUGCGAAGCUGCUGUAGCUGGAAGUAGAUCGUACAGUCUCUCUGGAAGAUUCCGGCAUGAUCAUGAUGCGUGUGUCGACACUGGAGUUGGAUAUGUACGACUUCUUGGAAAAUCGGUAGCAAUGAAGGUGGUUCGGUGUCGUGGGAUGGGCAUCGGAUUUGGGCCGUCUGAGGAGCCGUCGACGUCGGCGGCGACAUCGUCCGAUGAAGGCGUUGGAUAUCAUGUCGACGGUCGACAUGUUCGUGUUGAUGUCACCCAGUUGGAGGUUCAUGUUCAUGGAGGAUUUGUGGAGGUUGAAACAAUUUGUGAAUACUCUGGUUAUACGGACCAUAAUGAUUAUCCUCUUCUUUGGAGUCAUGAUGUUGAGUUUGUUGUGGAUUUUUCAAAAAUUUUCAAGGAGAAACCAUUUGGACUUUAUAUUGUGAAUGCGGUUCGUUUUCAUCGUCAAAAUGUGUUUGCCAAAUGGCGAUUAGCGCGUCGCGCGCCGAUUGUCAAAUCGCUUCAAACCAAAUUUCAUUCACGAUUGGCUCAUUCGCUCACGUUGGGAAACUUGAACAUUGAAGACAUGAUGAGUUCGGAGGCGGAUCUUUUUGGUGAAUUUCCGGCGAGAGACCGAAUUCCGUCGGUUUCGAGGUUUGGUCUUCCGGCACUUGGGAAUAUUGCCGAAGGGCCGCAGAGACGGCGUUUGAGUUGCUCGCUCCCACGAACAGAUUCCAUGGACCAGGUGCCCCUAUUCGACGCAUUGCUCAGAAACACAAACACAGAUAAUUUUGAUGAAAUUGAUGAUACCAUGUGGAAACACCACGACAGAUCUGUUAUAAACAUUGUUGAUGAUAGCGAGCCGAAUUCGUCGAAAAUGGACGAAAACUGGAAUAUGGAGGCGUGA